UGACUUGAAAGAUUUAGAGUUAUCGUUCCUGAUCCAGGGGUCGCUAUAGUGUUGUGCGUGAAUUUCACCAGUGGACAACUUCUAUCCGUACAGAUCAUAUUUACUUGGGAAUCUCGAGUUGCAGGUUAACGACAUCAAGAUGCCCAGCAUCAAGCUACAGAGUUCCGAUGGGGAGAUAUUUGAGGUGGAUGUGGAGAUUGCUAAGCAGUCCAUCACAAUCAAAACCAUGUUGGAAGAUCUGGGAAUGGACGAGGAUGAGGAAGAGCCAGUCCCUCUUCCUAAUGUGAAUGCAGCCAUCUUGAAGAAGGUGGUACAGUGGUGCACCUACCACAAGGAUGACCCCCCACCACCAGAAGACGACGAGAACAAGGAGAAGAGAACGGAUGAUAUCUGCUCCUGGGAUGCAGAGUUCCUGAAAGUCGAUCAGGGAACCCUCUUUGAACUUAUCCUGGCUGCCAACUACUUAGACAUCAAGGGUUUGUUGGAUGUCACAUGCAAGACUGUAGCGAACAUGAUCAAAGGCAAAUCUCCAGAAGAGAUCAGGAAAACAUUUAACAUUAAGAAUGACUUCACACCUGCUGAGGAAGAACAGGUUCGCAAGGAGAAUGAGUGGUGUGAAGAGAAAUGAGCCGUGGGCGUGGCAAACACCUCCCGGCUGGCAGUACAGGUAUUUAUGGUUGCCAGCUGUCCGUCAUCAAUAACAACAUCCACUGUUGGGGGAACCAACAUCAUCACCAUUAUCACCCUGAUGCCAUCAUGUCAUGCAGGAUGUAACCAGCUCUUAAUUGUUAACUUCUGGAAGGAUCAGCUAUGGCGAAAACAAAUUGGAACAGUUUCUUUUUGAAACCUGCAAGGAGUAAUUACAUACAACUUUUCAAUAAAUCCACUUUACGGUGUUCAAGGAUAUUUUGCCAUGCUUACGUAGAUGGAGUUACUUGUGUUGUAACAUUGAUUUUGAAAUCUAUCCGGACCAAUAUUUUGAUAUUGGAAACAGUUUCGUUUAUAGAAUAAUCCUAUUUAUGUAGAGAUUGUGUGACUUCCGUCACAGGGAAGUGAUCCUAGGUUUCCAAGUUGGAGUCAUGCUUGGUGGUGACUCACAUUCUUGCAGCAGCUGUGGGCGCUGUGAUAUGGACUAUAAGAACAUUGUGGAUAUGUACAUUUCUCUCAUUGCUGUCUGACAACUACCAUAUGCGCUAAUUUCAGUUAAGUUGAUUGUCCGGCAACUGGAUCCUGUUGACAACAUCUUGUCAUUUUUGUAAUUUAGUGUUUUAGAUUGUGAGAAUAUUUGAGACAGUAUUUUAUCUGCAAGUUUCAGAAUGUUCGGUUACAGCACACAAUGAAGCACUGAGAAAUGUGGAAAAAGAUUUGUGAAAAAUAUCCCCUUAAGCGACGACUAAAAAUGUGAGCAUUAGCUUUGAUGAAAACUGUUUGAUUGUUUCGAUUUUUCCUGACCACCCCCCUCAGGAGGUAUUUUCCACUUGAUAUUUGUUUGAACACCUUCCACCUGGUUUGUCCAUACACAACAUUUCUCUUCUUUUUGUACAAAGCGAUAAAAAAAUAGUGUGGUAAAUAAAAUGAUGUUUUAACUUCAA